AUGCCAAAUAUAUCAACGCCAGAGAGUGCUGCCUGUGAUUCAAAGAAGCUGCACAUCGCGCGCGAAAUUAAGGUAGCCAAUCAAUCCACUAAAGCAGGGAGCAGCCGCGGGGAUAGUGCAACGCCUACUACGGGGGCGCGUAGCGAGAAGCGCUGCAAGCGUUGUAGCGAAACUAGAUACAACUCUCGCGCCUGUCAAGUAGAACUAGAAGGUGUAGACGAUAGUGAAGAGUCUAAAUAA